AAAUAAAUAGCGAAGAAAAGUAAAUGUCCUUUUUCUUUGGAAGUUUUGCUCGUUUCGUUUUCAGUUUCACACGUCUCAUUAAUAAAUGCUCAGGACCUUCGCUUUGCCCAGCAUCGUUGAGCUCGCAACUUCUAUCGAUUCUACACCAAUUUGGGUCUCUAAACCCUGUGGCUGCAGUCUGUCAACUCAGUUUUGUUGAUGGGCACAAGCUUUUCAACUUCAGUUUAACGUCUCCUAUCCCGAAAUUCCCUCAUGGUGUACUCAGCGAAGAUGGGUUUUACAAGGUGGCAGUGAACGAAUCUGUGCUUUGGUUUCAGCUAUGCAAUGGAAUGAUUUUUAAUCACGAUCCACCUAGAUGUGUUGACUGCCAGGAUUGUGGGGGGCCAUUACAUUGUGGCAUGGAAUGUAGUGCACUUCUGGCAAACAACAUAGGAGGUUAUGAUGUAUGCACUACCAUUGGAGACGUCUCAAGCACUAUCACUAGCAUCAUUGAUAAGCAGAAUCCACACAAGGGUGUCAUUGUUACGAUGUCAAAUUAUGUUAAGACGUCCUCUGGCUCUGAGAAUUGUUCACUCUCUGUAUCUGUCAUUUGCGAUUCAAAUGGUGUUCAAGGGCCACAUUCACUGGAGAAAUUAGGGACCUGCAAUUAUGCUGCAGUACUACAACAUCCUUCAGGUUGUGCUGUAGUUGUGUCUGUUCAUGGGAGAGGAUGGGGCUGGUUUGGCAUCUUGGUAAUCAUUAUCUUAUGCCUUUUUGGAGGGUAUAUGUUGGUUGGUGCAGUUUAUCGAUACUUCUUCCUUGGAGUUCGUGGUUUAGAUAUGAUUCCAAACUUGGAUUUUUGGGUCAGAUUGCCUCAGAGAACACAGAGUUAUUGUGCAUCUCUGGUGCGGAAAUUUAGAAGACCAACAGAAGGUUAUCGAAGCUCUUAUUCUCCAGUCAAUUUUUAAGCUAUUACAAUUCGUUUCCACAUUUAGUGGUGAAUCAGUUUUGAGACAUCUGGGCUGUGCUAUAAAACUUUUACACAAGUUGCCAAUGAUUGAUGAUGGUCUAAGGUGACCAUCUCACUGAAGUAGACUUUGGAAAUCCUUUGCAGAAAUGUCCUGCCCUUUUGUUGACUUGUACACCAGUGCAACCAUAUCCCCAUUUUCAUUUUUUCCCACAAUUUCUUUCUUCAGUAAUAUUUAUUUGAUUAUAAUAUCUCUAGUAGCUAAGUGUUUGUUUUUA